AUAAUCUGGAAAGGCCCGGGCAUUGAGGGGUAAUAAACAUUCCAAAGCUCCUGCUACAGAUAAAAGAGGGUGGAAGCUCUGCAGAGAGGGAGACUGGACAAGGACUCACACCCCUCACAUCGAAGCUGAUUUCUUCCAACUCGAAGAAAAGCUUUAAGCCUGGAUCUGUGCUCCAGACAAGAGAAUACUUUAGAUAUGGCCUCAGGGAUCAACAUGACAGGGCCAGUGUGCCUCGUUGAGAACACCAAGGGGCAACUGAGUGUUGGUGGAGAAGCUUUGGAGAUCCUGUCUGGCAUCACGCAGCCCGUGGUGGUGGUGGCUAUCGUGGGCCUCUACCGCACGGGCAAAUCCUACCUGAUGAACAAGCUGGCUGGGAAGAAGAAGGGCUUCCCUCUGGGCUCCACGGUGAGGUCUGAAACCAAAGGCAUCUGGAUGUGGUGUGUCCCCCACCCCUCCAAGCCGGACCACACCCUGGUCCUUCUGGACACUGAGGGUCUGGGUGAUGUGGAAAAGGGUGACCCUAUGAAUGACUCAUGGAUCUUUGCCCUGGCUGUGCUUCUGUGCAGCACCUUGGUCUACAAUAGCAUGAACACCAUCAACAACCAGGCCCUGGAGCAGCUGCACUACGUGACAGAGCUGACAGAGCUAAUCAGGGCAGAGUCCCGCCUAGAACCUGAUGAUAUGGACAACGCCACGGAGUUUGUAAGUUUCUUCCCAGACUUUGUUUGGGCCGUGAGAGAUUUCACCCUGGCUCUGGAGUUGGAUGGACACCCAGUCACUGAAGAUGUGUACCUGGAGAAUGCAUUGAAGCUGAUUCCAGGUGACAAUCCCCACAUACAAAGUUCUAACAAGACCAGAGAGUGUAUCAGGUGUUUCUUUCCACGAAGGAAGUGCUUUGUCUUUAACUGGCCAACGAAUGACAGAAACCUCUUACAUCAUAUGGAAGACAUACAAGAAGACCAGCUAGAUUGUGACUUCCAGAAGCAAUCCAAAAAUUUCUGUUCAUAUGUCUUCACUCACGCAAGAACCAAGAAACUGAGAGAGGGAAUCGUUGUCACUGGAAACCGGCUGGGGACGCUGGUGGUGACCUACGUGGAUGCCAUCAACAGCGGAGCAGUGCCUUGUCUGGAGAAUGCAGUGACAACGCUGGCCCAGCGUGAGAACGCAGCAGCUGUGCAGAGGGCAGCCGACCACUACAGCCAGCAGAUGGCGCAGCGAGCGCGGCUCCCCACGGACACGCUCCAGGAGCUGCUGGACGCGCACGCGGCCUGCGAGAGGGAGGCCCUUGCCGUCUUCAUGGAGCACUCCUUCAAGGACAAGCAUCAGGAGUUUCAGAAGAAGCUUUUGGAACUAAUGGAAGAAAAGAAGGAAGAUUUCUUGCAGCAGAAUGAAGAGGCAUCUGAGAAAUACUGCAAGGCUGAGCUUGAGAGGCUUUCAGAGCCCCUGAGGAAAAGCGUUUUGAGAGGAACUUUCUUCGUCCCUAAAGGGCAUGAGCUUUACUUAGAAGCAAGAGAAAGGAUUGAAUGGGACUAUGAGCUACUGCCCAGGAAAGGAAUUAAGGCAAACGAGGUUCUCCAGAGCUUCCUGCAGCAGCAGGUGGUUACAGAAGAAUCCAUCCUGCAGGCAGACAAAGCCCUCACCACUGGAGAGAAGGCCAUAGCAGAGGAACGUGCUAAGAAGGAGGAGGCUGAGAAGGAAGUGUUGGUGCAAAGACAGAAACAGGAGGAGCUGGAGCAGAAGAGGCAGGCUCAGGAGAGAAACUACGCAGAACACAUAGCCCAGCUGGAGAAGAAGAUCAAGAAGGAGAAAAAAGACUGUAAGAGAGAUUAUGAAAAGAUGCUGGAGCAGCAGCUGAAGGUUCAACAAUAUUUGCUUAUGGAAGGACAUAAAAAGAAGUCUGAAGAGAAGACUAAAGUGAUAGAGCAACUAAAAGAGAAAACUCAACCUUCUAAAAAUGAAAACAUGUUCCCAGGUGUGAUAGAUAAAGCUCUCCAACGUUUUAUCCAGUACUUAGUAAUGAGAGGAAUUCAUAAAGGGUGGGACCAUCUCAAAUCCAGUUUUAAUUAGUGUGAGAAUUCCUGGUAAGGUAACCAUAAAUGAAGUUUCUUUUGUUUUAGUAGUAUACCACAGUGACUCAUUUUUACAGUAUCCAUGUCACAGCAGUUCCCUCGGAGAAAAGAUUAAAAUGAGAAAUCAGUUAUCUAAAGAACAAAACUAGAACCCUAACUCUCCUCACAAUCAAAAUUCAAAUAAGCCAGCUGGACUUACACCUUUCAUCCUAGCACUCUAGGAGGCAGAAGAGGGUAUAUUGCUUGACCUCAGAAGUUUUAGACCAGCCUAAGCAAGAGCCAGACCAUGUUUCUACCAAAAAUAGAAAAACUGAGAUGGGAAUAUCACUUGAGCCCAGGUGUUCCAAAUUCCUGUGACCUAUGAUGAUGCCACAGCACUCUACCCAGGAUGAAAGAGUAAGACUCUGUCUCAAUGGGAAAGAAAAAGAAAAGGAAAGGAAAGGAAAAGAAAAUUCAGAGAAAAAUGGAUUAAAGACUUAAAUAUAAAACUCAAUACUAUGAAAAUACGAAUAGAAAACCCUGGACAAGUGCUCUAGGACAUAGUAUGGGCAACAAUACCCCAUAAGCACAAGCAACCCAAGAAAAAUUGGACAAAUGGGUCACAUCAUCAACAAGCAUCUGCACAGCAAAGAAAACAAUAACAGUGUGAAGAGACAACUGCAGAAUGGGACAGAACAUUUGCAAAUUACCCAUCUGACAAGGCUUUAAAAACUAGAAUAUAUGUAUAAGAAGCUCAAAAAACUCAAUAAGAAAAACAUCCAAUAAUCCAAUUAAAAGUGGGUAAAAAUCUGAAUGGAAAUUUCUCAAAAGAAGUCUGACUAAGGAUGAAUGGGACUAUAAAAAAACUCGACAUCAUUAGUCAAGAGAAAUGCAAAUCAAAUGACAUUUCAUUUGAUACAAUGAAAUAUCAUCUCACCUAGUUACAAUUGCCUUUACCUAAGAGACAGGGAAUAGCGAGUGCUGGGAAAGAUGCAGAGACGGAGAACCCUCCUGCACUGUCAGUGGUGUGUACGCUGGUGCUACCACCAUGGACAACAGUAUGGAGGGUCCUCAGAAAACAAAACAUAGAACUACCACAUGACUCAGCAAUCUCACUGCUAGUUAUAGAUCCAAAAGAAAGAAAGUCAGUAGUCAAGAAUGUAUCUGCACCACCAUGUUUAUUGCAGUACUAUUCACAAUAGCUAAGAUUUGGAAUCAACCUGAGAGUCCCUCAACUGAUCACCAGAUAAAAAAAAUGUGGUACACAGUGGAAUAUUAUUUAGGUAUAAAAAGAGUGAAAUCCUAUCAUUUGCAGCAAUUUGGGUAGAACUGGAGACCAUUAUAUUAAGUAAAAUAAACCAAGCACAGAAAGACAAAUCUCACAUGUUCUCAUUCAUACGUGAGAGUUAAAUAUUAAAACAAUUGAUCUCAGGGAUACAGAGGAGUAGAGUGAUGGUUACCAGAGGCUGGAAAAGGCCGUGAGGAGGGGUAGGAUGAAGUGGGGAUGGUUAGUGGUUAUAAAAAUAUGGUUAAAUAGAAUGAGCAAUAAUCAAUAGCAUAACAAAGUGACUACAGUCAACAGUAUAUCAGGGAAUACUUUGAAAAAGAGUGGAACUGUAAUGUUUCUAACUCAAAGAAAUGAUAAAAUCUUGAGGUUAUUUGAAACCCCAAUUGCCCCAAUUUGAUUAUGAUACAUCAUAGGUGUGAAUCAAAAUAUCACACAAAAGGAUUAGCAACUAUUUUGUACAUGUAAUAAUAAAAAAUUAUUAAAAGCAAUUACCAAAGAACAGCAGACCCCUGACAGACACAUACAAUAAAAAAACUGAAUUUUGAUAGAAUUGUUUCAUUCAAAGAGAUGUGAACAAAAUUAGAAGAUAAGGAUACUAAGGGAAAGGUUUAAAUAAAGUGAAAAGAAAAACAGCAAGACGAAGAAAACAUUUCCAAUUCAUGUUAUGGUUGCAGUGGUUAUUUAACUUAUAGGAGGUUCUUAUAAAUCAGUGAGAAGUAUGCAGUGACUUUGUUUGUUAAAUAGCAGAAUGAUGAGAAUAACAGUGUUGAAUUUUACUGUAAUAAAUGAUGU